AUGAAACUUGCAACCUUUUUUAUCAUCACGAUACUGCUUACUUUCUCCAUCACCGUCUUGGCACACCUCCCAAAGUUUCCAGCCAUCCUUGUGUUUGGAGACUCGUUGGUAGACACGGGCAACAACAACUUUAUCAAAACCAUUUUUAGGGCAAAUCACUUUCCCUAUGGCCAACUCUUCCCAGGUCAUAUUGCUACAGGAAGAUUCACUGAUGGAAAAAUGGUUCCUGAUUUCUUGGCAUCUUCGUUAGGGAUCAAGGACACAGUCCCCGCCUUCCUCGACCCAAAUCUCUGUGACAAUGAUGUUCGAACUGGUGCUAACUUUGCAUCAGCGGGGUCAGGUUUUGAUGACCUCACGACAUCAUUAUCAGGCGUCAUUCCAGUGUUGAAGCAGGCUGAUUACUUGAAAGAUUAUGUGGAGAGGUUGGAGAGGGUUGUUGGGAAGUCCGAGUCUGAUAGAAUUUUGAACUCUUCCUUGGCUCUUAUUGUUGCAGGGUCCAAUGACUUUGGACUCAAUUACUAUACCAUGCCCGUUAGGAGACUUCAAUAUAAUCUUAGUGCCUUCCAAGAUUUUCUUCAAGAUAGGCUACAAAUCUUCAUAAAGAAUCUAUAUAGCAUUGGGCUGCGAAAAAUAGUUGUAGCGGGACUUCCUCCAUUUGGGUGCUGGCCAAAUAUAAAAGCUAUAAAACUGAAUCCAUUCCAUGCGGGUUGCUCAACAAUUAUGAAUGAAGUUUCUGGAUCUUACAACGACAAACUUAUUAGCAGGAUUCCUCAAUUGCAAGCAUCCCUUCCUGGCUCACAAAUCGUAUAUGCAGAUAUACAUGGGCCUUUAUUGGACAUGGGCGAUCAUCCCCAAAAAUACGGUUUUGUGGUAGCGGACAGAGGAUGCUGUGGCACAGGAUUAACGGAGACAGGGCCGCUAUGCAGCCAAAUCACACCCACAUGCACAAAUUCUUCACAAUACAUGUUCUGGGAUUGCCUCCACCCAACCCAAGCUGCCUACAGCAUCCUUGCCACCUCCCUUCUUAAUAAUGUUUUACCUUCCUUCUCGUAG